CUCUUUCUGAAGGAGGCAGCUACCACCAGUGAAGAAACCUGCAAGUCUCUUCAGAAUUACAUUAAUGUUUUCCUGUGAGAACAGACCUGGGAGCAGAGAUGGAGGGCAUGGAUUUUGAGGAUAAGAAGUCCAAGAGGUACUGCAUGAAGACAAAGCAUGUGGCUAUCAUCUGCGGUGUUGUGGUUGUUGUAGGUCUUGCCGUGGGGCUUGGUGUGGGAUUGUCCAGACCAGAAUCUCAAGAAUCUUCAGAGGAAAAAGAUCAGCCAACAGACUCUCCUCCCCCAGCGGAUUUGGGUCCCUGUCCUCCUAAAAAUGAUGAAACUGGGGAGUGGAGACAUUUUAGGCUACCCACUUAUGUCAAGCCUGUCCACUAUGACCUGCAAGUGAAGCCUGAAAUGGAGGCAGACAUUUACACAGGGACAGUCAGCAUUCAUAUUGUUUUGGAAAGCUCUACCAAUGCCCUUUGGCUCCACCUGCGAGAGACCAAGAUUACAGAGAUGCCCACACUCCAGAAAUCCUCAGGACAGCAGAUUGCUCUCAAUGACUGUUUUGAGUACCAGACACAAGAGUACAUAGUGAUGAAGACUGAUGCAGAGCUCUCUGUCACUGAUGAAAGUGAUCCCUACAUACUCACCCUGAAGUUUCAAGGCUGGCUGAAUGGUUCCCUGGUUGGGUUUUAUAGGACCACCUACAAUGACAACGGAGAGAUCAAGAGCAUUGCAGCUACUGAUCAUGAGCCAACAGAUGCACGGAAAUCAUUUCCUUGCUUUGAUGAGCCCAACAAAAAGGCAACUUACAACAUAUCUAUCAUCCAUCAAGAUUCCUACAGCGCACUUUCAAACAUGCCCGUACAGAGAACUGAAAAUCUGGGUGGUGGCUGGCAUCAGACAAUCUUUGAGAAGUCAGUCCCCAUGAGCACUUAUUUGGUAUGCUUUGCAGUGCACCAGUUUGAUUUUGUAGAGCGAAUAUCUGAUAGUGGAAAAAAGCUGAGAGUUUAUGCCCAGCCACUACAAAUACACACAGCAGAAUAUGCAGCAAAUGUAACAAAAAUUGUGUUCGACUUCUUUGAAGAGUACUUUAAUAUGAGCUAUUCCCUUCCAAAGUUGGAUAAAAUAGCUAUUCCAGAUUUUGGGACAGGCGCUAUGGAGAACUGGGGAUUGAUCACAUACAGAGAAACAAACCUGCUGUAUGAUCCCAAUGAAUCAGCCUCUUCCAACAAACAGAGAGUAGCUGCUGUGAUAGCUCAUGAGCUCGUUCAUCAGUGGUUUGGAAAUAUUGUGACCAUGGACUGGUGGGAUGACUUAUGGUUAAAUGAAGGAUUUGCCAGUUAUUUUGAAUACCUGGGAACAAAUGCUUCAGAACCAGAUUGGCAAAUGCUUGAACAGGUUCUAACUGAUGAUGUGCUUCCUGUAAUGAAGGAUGACUCUUUGUUAUCUUCCCACCCAAUUGUGGUUGAAGUGUCAUCUCCAGCUGAAAUCACCUCCGUGUUUGAUGGGAUAUCCUACAGCAAGGGUGCAUCAAUCCUCAGAAUGAUUCGAGACUGGAUUACACCAGAACUCUUCCAGAAAGGCUGCCAGGCAUAUUUGAAGAAAUACCAUUUCCAGAAUGCCAAGACAGAACAAUUUUGGGAAGCUCUGGAAGAGGCAAGUAAUAAACCUGUGAAGGAAGUCAUGGAUACAUGGACUAGGCAGAUGGGCUACCCUGUUUUGGAGAUGGGAAGUAAUUCAAUACUCACACAGAAACGUUUUCUUUUGGAUCCAAAUGCAAAUGCUUCUUAUCCUCAUUCUGAUCUUGGUUACAAAUGGAAUAUACCAGUGAAAUGGAGACUUGGGAGCACAACAAAUUAUACUUUCUACAACAUAUCAGAUUCUUCAGGAAUUGGAAUACCAUCUCCUACUGAUGCAUUUGUGAACAUUAAUCCAGACCACAUUGGAUUCUUUCGGGUGAAUUACAAUAGUCAAAACUGGGAGAUGUUAAGCGAUAUUCUGGUCAACAGCCACAAUAGUCUUUCAGCUGCUGACCGUGCAGGGAUUUUGGAUGAUGCUUUUUCUUUAGCAAGACCUGGCCUCGUGAGUUACUCUGUUCCCCUGCAGCUCACAAAAUACCUAACAGAAGAAACAGACUAUUUACCUUGGCAAAGAGUUAUAUCAUCUGUAACUUACCUUGCAAACAUGCUGGAAGAUGAUCAAAAUCUCUAUCCCCUGUUUCAGAAAUAUUUUCGUCAGCAAGUAAAGCCUAUUGUGAAUCGGCUGACCUGGAGUGAUACUGGAGACCACUUGGAGAGGCUUCUUCGUGCAUCUGUUCUAGACUUUGCCUGCAGUAUGGAUGACCCAGAAUCUCUGAACAGUGCUUCUCUCCUUUUUGAGGAUUGGCUACAAGGAAAGAAUGUUUCUGCAAAUCUCCGACUCCUAGUGUAUCGCUAUGGGAUGCAGAACUCAGGCAAUGAAUCAUCAUGGAAUUACAUGUUCAAGAAAUACCAAGAGACAUCAUUAGCACAAGAAAAAGAAAAGCUGCUGUAUGGCCUGGCAUCUGUGAAAAACAUCACCCUUUUGGACAGGUACCUGAAAUCUGUUAAUGACACCAGCCUCAUCAAAAGCCAAGAUGUGUUCACAGUCCUCAGAUACAUCUCAUACAACACCUAUGGGAAAACAAUGGCCUGGGACUGGAUACGACUUAACUGGCAGUACUUGGUUGACAGAUUCACUAUCAAUGACAGAACCCUUGGUCGAAUAGUAACUAUUACUCAAAACUUCAACACAGAGCUCCAGCUUUGGCAGAUGCAAAAUUUCUUUGAGAAAUAUCCUAAUGCUGGGGCAGGAGAAUUGCCCAGGAGUCAGUCAAUCGAGCAAGUGAAAAACAACAUUGAAUGGCUGAAAUUAAACAAGGAGGAAAUACAAACAUGGCUAGAAGCACAGCCAGGCCUUUAAAGUCUUACUUUGUUCAAAACAUCACUCUGGGCAUUCAGAGACAUUUAGCAAUGAGGAUUUCUCACCUAAGUACCUUAGAGAACCAAGGCCUAAUGUUUUUUCUACAAACACCCAGGAGACCACUGCCAGAGCAAUGUUUGUGUAGUUGCUGAUUCAAGAUGCUGCCAGCACUUGUCUGUGGGAAUAAAUUUAUAUUUUCAGAGAUGAAUUUGCCUGAACAAACAAGACAAACUCCUAAAGUUACUCAAGUGAUGGCAGAACCAGGAUUCUUGCUGAUCCAGUUAGUCUCACUCCUUCCACAUACCACUCUGAAAAGCUGCUUCUUUGUUCACACAGAGCACACUCAGGGAUUCCUCUUAGGAGCUUUCUCCUGAAGGAAAGGCAAAUAAGCAGCCAUUUUACCACUGUCUGAAAAUCAUCCUUUGUAUUUAUAGCUAUAAAAAAUCUGUAUUUGGGGUUUAGCUUUGCCUUCUGAUAGUAGAGGGAAGUCAGUUAAGUUGCUCUCUGAUGAUUUUGGAGUCUAAUUAUCGGUACACAAGGGAUCAAUAUUAUCAGCUUCUUUUGCAAUGUUAGCUGGGUUUGUGUAGCUUGGGUUGGGAGUUGUCUUGGUUAUGUUUGUCUUAUUUCUAACCCUUCUCAAAAGAAGAAAAUGUGCCAGUUGUUACUGCAAACAAGGCAGACAGUACUUACUGUUUCUUCUCUGAGUUAAAAAUAAAAU